AUGGCAAUAUCAUCCUACCAGCUGUACAUGCUGAAAGACAAGAGUUUUGAAAGAGAUAUCUGGAUGUACCGCGCCAAAGCGCUUCGCGGGUUUCAAUAUGAGAUUGCGCGUUUUCGAGACGAUAGUCAGUCAUCUAAGGGGUGGGAGCAAGUCAUUGCUACCUUGAUUAUGCUCACCUUUUUUGAUAUAUCACAAGAUGCCUCACCGGCGUGGUUAAUCCACCAGCGCUGUGCCCGAAAUAUACAGGCCAUCCUUCCUAUUACAAACAGUCUAUCAAUGACCCAAAUGGACUUGUCUCGGUUCUUUCGCUACUAUUUCGCCCAGCACGAAGCCUUUGCGAGGACAGCUUACGAUAUCCUUGAUCCCCAUGCGGCGUCUGUGUCUUGGUUCCCACAUGGGCUCGAGGCCGAUAUGACGAUAUCCAACCUCGCAGCGCAAAGACUGUCAGUGACAAGCGCAACCAAGGGCAUUUCCGAGGGCAAACAUUGGCGUGAGAGCGGGCAGGGCAUUUGCGCUUGGCGCAACAAUAUCGAGAGACGUUUUUACUUUCUGGAACAGGUCCUGCCAUGCUCACCCCCUCUCUCUAUAGACUACGAUCAGGAUGGCCAAAGUGCCAUUGAAGAGCUCGGCUAUAUUGCAGAGACGCGCCGGUUGUCUGCACUGCUGUACAUGUAUUCAAGGCUCGACGGUAUCCCACCAGGGUUCGCACCCAUCGACAAGUUGACUACACAAAUACUGGCCCUGAUACCCAAAAUAUCUCUCCGUUCCCAUGCCCUGCUGUGGCCUCUCUUCGUUGUCGGGAGCAUGGGUAUCGGAGUUGUCAACCCGGAGAGUGGAGAUGCACAGAGGAUUUUUGGAUUAGAACGACUUGUGAGCUUGCAGCAGACACGGCAACUCAAGAAUGUCAGGCGGGCAAGAGAGUUUGUAGAGGACGUUUGGAAGAUGCGUGACUUACAAGGUCCAGAAUACAUGGGCGGAUGGUACGAUAUCGGGCGGGUAGAAAGUUAUGGUGUGAGCUUAUGUUAG